UUGUUUAGGAGUCAUGGAAACGCUGUUAAACCUUUGCUGUGGAAAAUGCUGGAGUAUCCAGGAAACACCCUGUGUGGAUUUGGCAGAUUUUUACGAAACUGCAAAUUCAAAAGACGCUGCACUUUCCUUUCCUUAUAUUAUGAGCGCGUAUGACAAACAUCUCAACGAUAAAUAUGUGUCUGUGAUUAAAGAUCCGUCUAGUGCUUUCGUGGUAAAGAGGGAGGGAUGGAAAACGAUGAUGAAGAGAUUGAUGUUGACCAUUUACGAUGCUUGGCCCGUCUUAAUAACGGCAUUGUUAUUCUCCUGGAUCUCUGGAAUGACUAUGUGGGUUUUGGAAACCUGGGUGAAUGAUGAACAAUUUCCGAGAAGGUUUCUAAGAGGGUCAUGGGAAGGAUUUUGGUGGGCAUUUGUUUCCAUGACAACAGUUGGGUAUGGUGACCGCGCACCACGAACGUUACUGGGACGAGCCUUCGCUAUAUGCUGGAUCAUGAUUGGUAUUUGCAUUUGCUCAAUAUUCACAGCCACCUUAACAUCAGCCCUGACUAUGAACGUGUUUGCAAGUCAAAAAGCCAUCACUCGAACGAAGAUUGGAGUCCAACUGAACUCAAUGGAAGCCAUAACUGCAAUUCAGAACCAAGCUGAUGUGAUAUAUUACAAUUCAUCUGAAGAUGUCCUGAAUGCUCUACGUGAAGACAAAGUUGACGGGGUCUUGUUUGAUUACUACUAUGCUCUGGUUCAUGAAGACGAGUUUGAAUCAUAUGAUCUCAUGAUUGUGAACGUGUUCAAGCCAAAGGACUGGUCGUUGGGUGUUAAUUUGAAAUCCAAAGACCUCGCAGACUGUAUGAGAGAAAAAUUACACCAUCAUUACGCUGAGAUUCUUCAUAAAUCGAUUGUGAAUGAAAGCAUACCAGAUCCAAGUAAAACAGAAGAUUCAAGUCAAAUAUCUGGAAUCUUUAACCCCGAAGGAGUUGUAUUUCAAACCAUAUUGAUAGUCUGCACCGUUGUCGCAAUAUGUUCUUUCAUGAUUGGAGUUUCUUGGGAUUUUUGCUGCAAAGCAAAGAAAAUAGGCAGUAAACAUGAGAAAGCGGGCAGACUGGAUGACAUCGAGAAGGAAUUGAUCUCUGAGCUUCACGUUGUUUUCACGAACUGGAGAGAGCAAUUGGCGGAUAAAAAAGAAGCUUCUGCCUUGAAGAGUUUAGGCAGCAGAGCGUAACUGUUUGAUUGGUCUGAACCU